AUGAAAACACUCAUUCUUUUGCUGCUGGUGCUCCUGGACUUGGGGCUGGCUCAACAUCGGCUCCACAGGGUGCCCCUCAGGAGGCAUCAGUCCCUCCGGAAGAAGCUGCGGGCACGGGGCCAGCUCUCUGAGUUCUGGAAAUCCCAGAAUUUGGAUAUGAUCCAGUUCACUGAGUCCUGCACGAUGAGCCAGGAUGCCAACGAGCCCCUCAUCAACUACUUGGAUAUGGAAUACUUCGGCACCAUCUCCAUCGGCUCUCCACCGCAGAACUUCACCGUCAUCUUUGACACUGGCUCUUCCAACCUCUGGGUCCCCUCUGUGUACUGCACCAGCCCAGCCUGCAAGACACACGCCAGGUUCUACCCUUCCCAGUCCAACACAUACAGUGUGCUGGGGAGUCAUUUCUCCAUUCAGUAUGGGACUGGGAGCUUGUCUGGAAUCAUCGGAGCUGACCAAGUCUAUGUGGAAGGACUGGUUGUGGCCGGCCAGCAAUUUGGAGAGAGUGUCACGGAGCCGGGCCAGACCUUUGUGAACGCAGAGUUUGAUGGAAUUCUGGGCCUGGGAUACCCCUCCUUGGCUGUGGGAGGGGUGACCCCAGUGUUCGACAACAUGAUGGCGCAGAACCUGGUGGAUAUACCCAUGUUCUCUGUGUACAUGAGCAGUGACCCAGAAGGCGGUGCAGGGAGCGAACUCAUUUUCGGCGGCUAUGACCACUCCCAUUUCUCCGGGAAUCUGAACUGGGUCCCUGUCACCAAGCAAGGCUACUGGCAGAUUGCCCUGGAUGCAAUCCAGGUGGGAGGCGCGGUGAUGUUCUGCUCCGAGGGCUGCCAGGCCAUUGUAGACACAGGGACUUCCCUCAUCACAGGCCCCUCAGACAAAAUCAAGCAGCUGCAGAAGGCCAUUGGGGCCGAACCCAUGGAUGGAGAAUAUGGGGUGGAGUGUGCCAACCUCAACGUCAUGCCGGAUGUCACCUUCACCAUCAAUGGCGUCUCCUACACCCUCCAACCAACUGCCUAUACCCUGCUGGACUUUGUGGAUGGAAUGGAGUUCUGCAGCAGCGGCUUUCAAGGGCUUGACAUCCAGCCUCCCGCUGGGCCCCUCUGGAUCCUGGGUGAUGUCUUCAUUAGGCAGUUUUACUCAGUCUUCGAUCGUGGGAAUAACCGUGUUGGGCUGGCCCCGGCAGUCCCCUAA